AUGGGGAGAGAGGGGGGAGAGAGUGCCGAGGGGCUUGGCCGGCCGGAGGAGCGCACGCCACGCCCCCCUCCAUUUUUCGCCUCAUCGUCUGCCAUCUCUCUCUCCCUCACCGUCCUGGCUCCGCCAAAUCCGAGCAAUCCCUUAUAUGCUCACACGCCGUGUGAGACGUCGGAGGGAGAUGCCCAACAAGAAACUGAGGAAAACAAAAACUGGAGUUAG